AUGGAGUGUAGGCAAAAUACCUCCCGUUUCCCCUCGCUCUUGUCGAGCUUAUGGGGGCCUCGACGGUCGCAACAGUCCCUCUCCGUUUCUACAUCGACACAGACUCAGACACAACCCCCGGCGCCGGCGCCGGCACCAAAGAUCGAUAUCGCAUCCACAUUACAGAAGAAACGGUCCGCUGAACAAGAUCGAGUGAGUCGUGAGACCGCUCAAAAAGAGUUGGUGGACGAGAUUGAGAAUCUGGUGGGACUGGAGAACGUGAAGCGCCAGCUUCUUGGGGUGCAGAACUGGGUGCAGAUCUGCCGCCGACAUGGUCGAGAACCCCGCAAUGAGUGGUACAAUAUUGUGUUCCAAGGGAACCCAGGAACAGGCAAGUCUACUAUUGCCCGAAUUUACGCCAAGAUGCUUUACGCCAUCGGCAUCUCCGACUCCAACACCAUCAAAGAAACGUCUGGCCGUGAUCUCACCAUCAAGGGCCCCCAGGGCGUCCAGAGAUUAAUCAAAGAGAUGGUCAACUCCGACUCUCCUUCAGCACCGACAGCCGGUGUCUUGAUAGUCGACAACCCUCACACCUUGAUGCCCUCCAAGCUCGAAUCACAUAGGGAGAUCCUUGACUGUCUCCUUCAGGCGAUGGAACGGAAAACUGGGCGGAUCAUCGUCGUCUUCAUCGGCCAUGGCCCUGAUAUGGAGACCUUCCUCCAAGAGAACCCCCGAGUGCAGCACCAGACGUGUAGCACCGUGAGCUUUGCGGACUUCGACCGCCAUGAGCUACACCAACUCUUGGUUCGCCGCAUCACCGAGGCGUUCGGCGGGAAAAUGCAGGUCGAAGGCGGACAGGACGGCCAGUAUAUGCAGGCUGCGGCUCGCCGACUUGCCCGCAGUCGCGGUGAAGGAUUCACCAACAUCUAUGCCGUGCGGCAACUUGUGGAGACCAUCGCACACCGCCAAGCUGAGUGCCUGGCGGAGCAGCAGGACGUCGGAAUGGAGGAUGUAGAUUACUUCUUCUUCUCUAAGGACGAUAUUUUGGGGCCCAACCCGUCCGAUAUUCGCUCCCAGAGCGUUGCAUGGACAUCUCUCCAGUCGUUCGUGGGACAGGAGCCCGUCAAGGCCUCCGUCCGCGAGGUCUUCGGCACGGUGGAGGAGAACUACUGGCGGGAGGUUAAGAACCAGAAGCGGUUGUUGGUGCGAGUGAACCGUGUCUUCGCCGGUCCACCGGGCACGGGCAAGACUACUGCAGCAAAGCUGUAUGCGCAGAUCCUGGCGGAUCUCGGUCUCCUCAGCAGUGGCGAAGUGACUGUCAAGCCACUCUCCGCGUUCAAUAACGUCUCUGAUACUGACGACAUUCUCUCCUCGACGGUCGGGAAAGCUCUGAUUAUCGACAUGAACACACCCGAGACCGACGACAAUGACUUCCAAGUCUCCGAUAGUGUGCUGGACAUGCUUAUCAAAGAGCUGUCUGCGAACGGAGAGAAUCGUUGCACCAUCCUCGUCGGCUCCGACCAUGCCGUUGACACACUGCUCCCAGAGCUCAAGGAGGCGUCAAGGAUGCUCGAACACCAAGUGGUUCGGUUCCAACCGCUCACCCGAGAGCAGAUGGAGGAGCUCUUCCAGGCGAAACUCCAAGAGCAAGAUGUGGAUGCCACCCCAGAAGCCUUCCAAGCCGCGAUGGACAUCCUUGAGAGCGCCCGGAUGCGCAAAGAUUUCGAUAACGCACGCGGAAUUGAGCGUCUUCUGACGGCUGCCAAUCGCAAUUUUGACCAGAGGCGCUCUCGUGCGCCCGACGGGCCUUUGUCACAACGUGUGCUCGAGCCCGAGUACUUCAACGCCGACCUGGUGGGCGGCAAAGCCGCUCUGGCAUUCCGGGAGGAACUGCGUCACUCAAUCGUCCCGGACGACAUCAUCUCUGUGCUGAAACGGUAUCACAAUGAGAUGAAGAUUGCCUGGUUCCAGGGCCAUGAGCCCAGAGCACGAGUCCCGUGCACACUGGUUUUUAAGGGCGCCAGUGGAACGGGAAAGAAGACCGUCGCCCGUCAUCUAAGUGCCUUGUACUAUAAGAUGGGGGUUUUGAAGACUGCUGCUAUGGUUGAAUGCUCGGUGUCUGAUCUCGUUACUACGAGCGUCAGUCACACAUCGAUCCGGACGCGGUCGCAGCUGGAACGCGCACGUGGCAAGCUGCUGACCCUCUCAGGAUUUAGACCACCUGCUCGCCAAUCGACCUCGCCUAGCAAGCCUCUUCCAGGAAGAGAUUCCCUUCCGCAACCCAACUCCUCGUGA